AAAUGUAGAGGACCUUGACGACAAAUGCUACAGGAUCGAAGUCUCCCUCCAUGUCUCGGAUACGCACAACCUUGAUUCUAGAAAGUACGUAAAAUGUACGGCUAGAAUGCAGGAACUCCAAGACGAAGGUGUAAAGGUGGCUAAUGAUGAACACCAUUGCCAAGAUAUGGAGCAGAAACCUGUGGUUGAGGAAGUCAUUGUCACAGAAGCUGCUUUGGUACGGAAACCGGUCCAACUUGAUAAUGAAGUGGAACCAAAUAGUGGUGUUACAUCAGGCGAGCAGUUUAUUGCUGUGCCCAGAGAAGAGCCGGGCGCGCCUUGUAUUGGUUGUGCUACACACAUAAACCCCCAAGCAGCUGGAGUUACAGAACUCGCCACGCUUGCCGUCCGCCAUCUUGAUCGCCACGACCCAGGGGUGCGACACGCGCUUAAAACCGUCAUAGAUGUAGAACGACAAGUGCAGGUUGUUAAUGGUGUGCGGUAUAUACUAACCCUUCUGGUGGAUUACGACAGUUGCACUGAAACUCAAACUGAAUCAUGCGUGUCUUCUAAUACAUGCAAAAUUUCUAUAUUGGAAAAACCAUGGGUUAAAUUACCUCGUGGUGGUAAAUAUAGAGGUAUUUUGUCUAAUAAUUGCACUAGUGAAUGGCAGUUUGGAGAUAAUGGUGAAGUCAUUGACGAUGACGACAGUAACAACAGAGAAAAUAAUGAAGUUGGUAUCCAUCCAAGAAAUGAUAAUAACGCUGGAGAUGAUGUUAUAACAGUUGCACACACUGAAGACGUGCAGGCACAACAAAAUCAAGUUAAAAAGUUGACGGAUGAUCAAGUAAAGAAAAUUGAAGAACAAAUAAUACCGUAUAGUGAAUUCCAUCAACCUGGUACUACCGAAAAAGUUCAUACCGUGGAACAGAGUGAGGAACAUGCAAUUAAAGACUCAGAAACGACAAAGUAUAACAAUCAAAAUACGAUGAGUCAACCGAAUCAAAACGUUCAUACUAGUUUGAGUGAUGAACGAAGGAAAACAAUAGAAGAAUUGAUGAAUUUUUUCGAGUUUUCUGCUUUUGGUUCUGAACGUGAUAAUGAAAAGGAUACAAGGAUGAAAAGAAGUUUGGAUCAUGACGUAGAGGCUAUGUUGUUGGCUGACGAUUUCCAAGCAUUGCACAAAAGUAUAAAAAACGGAAGAUAUUUAUAUGACUUAGCGCAGACGAUGGUUGAUUAUCUAAAUGAAAUGGAUUUGACAGUUAAAACUAGAACCUUAAAAGAUGUUGUAAAAGCUGAAGAUGAAAUUGUCAAUUAUCAACAUUUUUACUAUAUACAAGCGCGAAUCUUUAUACCAUGUGACAAAGCUGUGUGUGAGUCUAAAGACACAGUAAAGAAAAUUUGUAACGGAAUAAUUGAAGGUACAGAUAAAAAACAUCCUCAUGUAUUGACGGCGUUCUGCUACAAUGAAGAAGAGGGAAACGAAUUAAAUAAUGUGAGCAAUAUUCCGUUAGAUGAUCCAGUGUUACUGCAGUUGUGUAAAGAGAGCAUAAAAAAAAUUGAAAAGGAAUCACCAAAACUAAAUGCAUUGAAUAUAAGUGAAAUGAUUAGUGCUACCACACAAAAAGUUUCCGGUACAUUAACUAAAAUAGCGUUUAUAUUAGAACACUUGAAUUGUACUAAGGACACACCUGUUGGCUUAAGAAGAAAGUGUAAAGUGGUUGAUGAACUUGGGUCCAAUUUAUGUGAAGUGGUCAUUUUUGAAAAACACGCACGGAAAGAACGUCAAAUAACUUAUAAUUGCAUAGAACGACCCAUCGAUACUAGUUACUCGGACCAAGUUCCAAAGGAAAAAAAUUAUAACGAUGACACAAAAGUUAUAGAAAUGGUGCAGGAAGCCCUACAAUAUUUAGAAAUACAGUCUAACAGGAACAACAAACAGAAAAUAGUCUCAAUAAAUUCAGUAGCAACACAAAUUAAUGCAGGUUUAGUUACAAAAAUCGAAUUUAUCGUUGGAUAUACAUCGUGCAGUAGCAAUACCGAAGUUGAUUUAAGUAUUUGUCCACUGUUAGCAUCAGAACCACUUAGAAAAUGCAACGCACAAAUCUGGGAUAGAACAUGGAUAGAAGAUGGCAGACAAGUAGAAGUAGAUUGCGAUGAUGUUUUUAAUAUUGAUAAGAAUAUUGUUACUAAAGAUAGGAAGAAAAGAUCCGUUCCUGGUGGUAAAACUUCUCAAAAUCCUAAUGCCCCCGAAUUUAAACAAUUAGCUGAAGAAUCUAUGCAAAAAUAUUUGCAAUCUAUUGGCAGUACCAAACCCCAUAAAGUAGUUCGUGUUGUAAAAGCGUCAACCCAGGUCGUAGCCGGAUCGAUGACUCGAAUCGAGUUCGUGAUUUCGCCUUCAGACGGAAAUUCCGGUGACGUCAUUAGCUGUUAUUCGGAAGUUUGGGAACAACCGUGGAUGAACAAGAAAGAAAUCACCGUUGACUGUAAAAUUAACAACCAAAAAUACAGAGCCAAGCGAGAGACACUACGUGGUGGCUCAAAAGUUCAAGACCCUAAUGAUCCAAAAUUUCAAAGCUUGGCUGAAGAAUCUAUGCAAAAAUAUUUGCAAUCUAUCGGCAGUACCAAACCCCAUAAAGUAGUUCGUGUUGUAAAAGCGUCAACCCAGGUCGUAGCCGGAUCGAUGACUCGAAUCGAGUUUGUGAUUUCGCCUUCAGACGGAAAUUCCGGUGACGUCAUUAGCUGUUAUUCGGAAGUUUGGGAACAACCGUGGAUGAACAAGAAAGAAAUCACCGUUGACUGUAAAAUUAACAACCAAAAAUACAGAGCCAAGCGAGAGUCACCAGUUGGUGGCAUACAAGGUCAAGACCCUAAUGAUCCAAAAUUUCAAAGCUUGGCUGAAGAAUCUAUGCAAAAAUAUUUGCAAUCUAUUGGCAGUACCAAACCCCAUAAAGUAGUUCGUGUUGUAAAAGCGUCAACCCAGGUCGUAGCCGGAUCGAUGACUCGAAUCGAGUUUGUGAUUUCGCCUUCAGACGGAAAUUCCGGUGACGUCAUUAGCUGUUAUUCGGAAGUUUGGGAACAACCGUGGAUGAAUAAGAAGGAAAUCACCGUUGACUGUAAAAUUAACAACCAAAAAUACAGAGCCAAGCGAGAGACACUACGUGGUGGCUCAAAAGUUCAAGACCCUAAUGAUCCAAAAUUUCAAAGCUUGGCUGAAGAAUCUAUGCAAAAAUAUUUGCAAUCUAUCGGCAGUACCAAACCCCAUAAAGUAGUUCGUGUUGUAAAAGCGUCAACCCAGGUCGUAGCCGGAUCGAUGACUCGAAUCGAGUUUGUGAUUUCGCCUUCAGACGGAAAUUCCGGUGACGUCAUUAGCUGUUAUUCGGAAGUUUGGGAACAACCGUGGAUAAAUAAGAAGGAAAUCACCGUUGACUGUAAAAUUAACAACCAAAAAUACAGAGCCAAGCGAGAGACACCAGUUGGUGGCAUACAAGCCCAAGACCCUAAUGAUCCAAAAUUUCAAAGCUUGGCUGAAGAAUCUAUGCAAAAAUAUUUGCAAUCUAUUGGCAGUACCAAACCCCAUAAAGUAGUUCGUGUUGUAAAAGCGUCAACCCAGGUCGUAGCCGGAUCGAUGACUCGAAUCGAGUUUGUGAUUUCGCCUUCAGACGGAAAUUCCGGUGACGUCAUUAGCUGUUAUUCGGAAGUUUGGGAACAACCGUGGAUGAAUAAGAAGGAAAUCACCGUUGACUGUAAAAUUAACAACCAAAAAUACAGAUCCAAGCGAGAGACACCAGUUGGUGGCAUACAAGCUCAAGACCCUAAUGAUCCAGAAUUUCAAAGCUUGGCUGAAGAAUCUAUGCAAAAAUAUUUGCAAUCUAUUGGCAGUACCAAACCCCAUAAAGUAGUUCGUGUUGUAAAAGCGUCAACCCAGGUCGUAUCCGGAUCGAUGACUCGAAUCGAGUUUGUGAUUUCGCCUUCAGACGGAAAUUCCGGUGACGUCAUUAGCUGUUAUUCGGAAGUUUGGGAACAACCGUGGAUGAAUAAGAAGGAAAUCACCGUUGACUGUAAAAUUAACAACCAAAAAUACAGAGCCAAGCGAGAGACACCAGUCGGUGGCAUACAAGCCCAAGACCCUAAUGAUCCAAAAUUUCAAAGCUUGGCUGAAGAAUCUAUGCAAAAAUAUUUGCAAUCUAUUGGCAGUACCAAACCCCAUAAAGUAGUUCGUGUUGUAAAAGCGUCAACCCAGGUCGUAGCCGGAUCGAUGACUCGAAUCGAGUUUGUGAUUUCGCCUUCAGACGGAAAUUCCGGUGACGUCAUUAGCUGUUAUUCGGAAGUUUGGGAACAACCGUGGAUGAAUAAGAAGGAAAUCACCGUUGACUGUAAAAUUAACAACCAAAAAUACAGAUCCAAGCGAGAGACACCAGUUGGUGGCAUACAAGCUCAAGACCCUAAUGAUCCAGAAUUUCAAAGCUUGGCUGAAGAAUCUAUGCAAAAAUAUUUGCAAUCUAUUGGCAGUACCAAACCCCAUAAAGUAGUUCGUGUUGUAAAAGCGUCAACCCAGGUCGUAGCCGGAUCGAUGACUCGAAUCGAGUUUGUGAUUUCGCCUUCAGACGGAAAUUCCGGUGACGUCAUUAGCUGUUAUUCGGAAGUUUGGGAACAACCGUGGAUGAAUAAGAAGGAAAUCACCGUUGACUGUAAAAUUAACAACCAAAAAUACAGAUCCAAGCGAGAGACACCAGUUGGUGGCAUACAAGCUCAAGACCCUAAUGAUCCAGAAUUUCAAAGCUUGGCUGAAGAAUCUAUGCAAAAAUAUUUGCAAUCUAUUGGCAGUACCAAACCCCAUAAAGUAGUUCGUGUUGUAAAAGCGUCAACCCAGGUCGUAUCCGGAUCGAUGACUCGAAUCGAGUUUGUGAUUUCGCCUUCAGACGGAAAUUCCGGUGACGUCAUUAGCUGUUAUUCGGAAGUUUGGGAACAACCGUGGAUGAAUAAGAAGGAAAUCACCGUUGACUGUAAAAUUAACAACCAAAAAUACAGAGCCAAGCGAGAGACACCAGUUGGUGGCAUACAAGCCCAAGACCCUAAUGAUCCAAAAUUUCAAAGCUUGGCUGAAGAAUCUAUGCAAAAAUAUUUGCAAUCUAUUGGCAGUACCAAACCCCAUAAAGUAGUUCGUGUUGUAAAAGCGUCAACCCAGGUCGUAUCCGGAUCGAUGACUCGAAUCGAGUUUGUGAUUUCGCCUUCAGACGGAAAUUCCGGUGACGUCAUUAGCUGUUAUUCGGAAGUUUGGGAACAACCGUGGAUAAAUAAGAAGGAAAUCACCGUUGACUGUAAAAUUAACAACCAAAAAUACAGAGCCAAGCGAGAGACACCAGUUGGUGGCAUACAAGCCCAAGACCCUAAUGAUCCAAAAUUUCAAAGCUUGGCUGAAGAAUCUAUGCAAAAAUAUUUGCAAUGUAUUGGCAGUACCAAACCCCAUAAAGUAGUUCGUGUUGUAAAAGCGUCAACCCAGGUCGUAGCCGGAUCGAUGACUCGAAUCGAGUUUGUGAUUUCGCCUUCAGACGGAAAUUCCGGUGACGUCAUUAGCUGUUAUUCGGAAGUUUGGGAACAACCGUGGAUGAAUAAGAAGGAAAUCACCGUUGACUGUAAAAUUAACAACCAAAAAUACAGAGCCAAGCGAGAUACACUACUUGGUGGCUCAAAAGUUCAAGACCCUAAUGAUCCAGAAUUUCAAAGCUUGGCUGAAGAAUCUAUGCAAAAAUAUUUGCAAUCUAUUGGCAGUACCAAACCCCAUAAAGUAGUUCGUGUUGUAAAAGCGUCAACCCAGGUCGUAGCCGGAUCGAUGACUCGAAUCGAGUUUGUGAUUUCGCCUUCAGACGGAAAUUCCGGUGACGUCAUUAGCUGUUAUUCGGAAGUUUGGGAACAACCGUGGAUGAAUAAGAAGGAAAUCACCGUUGACUGUAAAAUUAACAACCAAAAAUACAGAUCCAAGCGAGAGACACCAGUUGGUGGCAUACAAGCUCAAGACCCUAAUGAUCCAGAAUUUCAAAGCUUGGCUGAAGAAUCUAUGCAAAAAUAUUUGCAAUCUAUUGGCAGUACCAAACCCCAUAAAGUAGUUCGUGUUGUAAAAGCGUCAACCCAGGUCGUAGCCGGAUCGAUGACUCGAAUCGAGUUUGUGAUUUCGCCUUCAGACGGAAAUUCCGGUGACGUCAUUAGCUGUUAUUCGGAAGUUUGGGAACAACCGUGGAUAAAUAAGAAGGAAAUCACCGUUGACUGUAAAAUUAACAACCAAAAAUACAGAGCCAAGCGAGAGACACCAGUUGGUGGCAUACAAGCCCAAGACCCUAAUGAUCCAAAAUUUCAAAGCUUGGCUGAAGAAUCUAUGCAAAAAUAUUUGCAAUCUAUUGGCAGUACCAAACCCCAUAAAGUAGUUCGUGUUGUAAAAGCGUCAACCCAGGUCGUAGCCGGAUCGAUGACUCGAAUCGAGUUUGUGAUUUCGCCUUCAGACGGAAAUUCCGGUGACGUCAUUAGCUGUUAUUCGGAAGUUUGGGAACAACCGUGGAUGAAUAAGAAGGAAAUCACCGUUGACUGUAAAAUUAACAACCAAAAAUACAGAUCCAAGCGAGAGACACCAGUUGGUGGCAUACAAGCUCAAGACCCUAAUGAUCCAGAAUUUCAAAGCUUGGCUGAAGAAUCUAUGCAAAAAUAUUUGCAAUCUAUUGGCAGUACCAAACCCCAUAAAGUAGUUCGUGUUGUAAAAGCGUCAACCCAGGUCGUAUCCGGAUCGAUGACUCGAAUCGAGUUUGUGAUUUCGCCUUCAGACGGAAAUUCCGGUGACGUCAUUAGCUGUUAUUCGGAAGUUUGGGAACAACCGUGGAUGAAUAAGAAGGAAAUCACCGUUGACUGUAAAAUUAACAACCAAAAAUAUAGAGCCAAGAGAGCGCAACCUUUGAUGUACAGGAAAGUCGGUAAAGUUAACUAUGAGACUGAGAAUCAGGAGUCUCGAACAAAACGUGAGAUAUUGGGCAAUAGGGAUGCAAGACAAAAUAGUGAUAAAACAAUUGUUGGUGCAUUCAGGGAAGAACAAGAUCCUACAAAGAACCAAUAUAAAUUAUUAGCUAAAGAUUCCCUGCGCGAGUAUCAGCGAUUAAAAAAAAGUAAACAUGCUCAUAAAGUUAUUGAGGUGAAGCGUGUGCGGACUAAAGUUGUAUCUGGUUUAAUUUAUGAGAUACAUUUUACAGCUGUUCCUACAACCUGCCCCUCUAAAAUUUUUGAUGCAUCAUAUUGUAAACAGCAACGAGGUAGUGCAAUGCUUUCUUGUCAUUCGAAAAUUUGGAAUCAGCCGUGGCUGAAACGAAAGCAAAUAACUGUUGCAUGCAAUCCUGAUAUUACGUUGGGAGAUAAUAGAAAUAAGAGAGAUGUAGAUUUUGGCAAUGAAAUGUUAGAAAAUGAAAUAGAAGUCGAUUUAAAAGAUAAAAGAGAAGUUUUAGACGAGGAAGAACCUAUUGAUGACGAGUUGAAAUACUAUUAUGCUGAGCGAGCUAUACAGCAUGUUAAUCAAGCCUCAAACACAAAUAAUUUAGAUAAAUUAAUUUCUGUCCAUGCCGUUGAUAGCAGUGUUCAUAUGGGAGCGAAUAUGGUUCGUUUAUACAUAGAAAUAGCUCCUACCUUUUGCCUUAAGCAUGCUGACGAAGAGAAUUUGCCACACUGUGAGGAAAUGGAUGGCAUGGCACAUAGACUGUGUAUUGCUAGGCUAUGGCCCUCUCCAGACGAUGAGCUGGUUGUUCAAACAGUCUCUGUAGUUUGCGAUGAUGACAAAGAGUUUUCAAGCGUGUCUGGUUUGUCAAUUCCCGAACUCCUUCGGACUUCCAUAAAAGAACUAGAGAAGUCUCCAGAUCAAAAAUAUAAGUUAGUUCAUCUUGGAGAACCGCAGGUAAUACCAAGUCUUGACUCAAAUAUACCUGUCAAAAUCGAGUUUAUAGUUGGAUUUACAAAUUGCACCAAAGAUGUUGAUAUAGACAAAAGACCCUUUGUAUGUUAUUUAGACAGUACGAAAUCUUCAAAACCUUGUACAUCAUUCAUAUGGUUCGUACCCAAUAGCAGGGAAAUAUAUCAGAUCGACGUGAAAUGCACAACACCAGGGACCCGCAGGAAAAGAUCUGUGUCCAUGAAUUUAGUAAAUGCGACUGCUGAUGAUAUGGAAAUACAGAAAUUAGUUCAGGAAUCAUUAGAGAAGUUGGAAAUGUCAUCAAUUCACAGAUACAAGCAAAGAGUUAUUUUGAUUAAUAGCUACUCUACAAAAUUAACUUCGGGAAAAGUAACGACUAUAGAUUUUGAUGUUGGCUACACUUCUUGUCUCAAAUAUGAGUGGGUUGAUGACAUUACAACGUGUGACUUCUUGGAGCAUCUUCCAAGGAGGCACUGUGUGGCGCAUGUUUUUGAACGUUUGUGGCUACAAAACGGGAAAAAUAUUGAAGUUAAUUGUGAAGACGAUGAAACGCCUUUAGAAGCACACAUUGAAUUUGAAAGUGCCGAAAUGGCUAUGCAAUUAGCUAAAGAGGCCCUGAAACACAUAGAGGCGAAAUACCCUCAUCCACGCAAACAGAAAGUGGUUAGAAUAUUUUCUUUAGAAAAGCAGGUGGUAGCUGGAAUUCACUAUCGCCUGAAAAUUGAAAUUGGACUCACUGAUUGUUCAGCUUUGAGCGCGCAAACCGAUUGCAAACUAGUUAAGGAUGAGGGUUUGAACAAAUUCUGCAGAGUGAAUGUGUGGCUGCGACCGUGGACUGAUCAUCCGGCAAACUACCGCGUCACUUGUGACUACCACGAAGCUGCUACAGCCGAGGUGUAUCACCAUUUGCAAGCAGAGCAUUUGUUCUACGAAUUCCUCUCGACAUACAAACCGGAGUACAUAGACGAUCGACACCAAAUGCGCCAGAGAUUCGAAAUAUUUAAAGAAAACGUUAGAAAGAUGCAUGAAUUGAAUACCCAUGAGAGAGGCACGGCUACGUACGGUGUGACGCGGUUUGCAGAUCUUACGUACGAAGAAUUUAGUACAAAACAUAUGGGUAUGAAAGCUAGUCUUCGUGAUCCAAAUCAGGUGCAGUUUAGGAAAGCUGUUAUCCCUAAUGUGACCGCUCCGGACUCUUUUGACUGGAGAGACCAUGGAGCGGUGACUGGUGUGAAGGACCAAGGGUCGUGUGGCAGCUGCUGGGCUUUCAGCGUCACCGGUAACAUCGAAGGUCAGUGGAAGAUGAAGACUGGAGACCUCGUGUCUCUAUCGGAGCAGGAGCUCGUGGACUGUGACAAACUGGACCAAGGCUGCAACGGCGGACUGCCAGACAAUGCAUACAGGGCAAUAGAACAGCUCGGCGGGUUGGAGUCCGAAGAUGAUUAUCCCUACGAGGGUUCGGACGACAAGUGCUCAUUCAAUAAGACGUUGGCGAGGGUACAGAUCAGCGGCGCUGUCAACAUCACCUCUAACGAGACUGACAUGGCCAAGUGGUUGGUGAAGCACGGACCCAUCUCUAUCGGUAUAAACGCGAACGCUAUGCAGUUCUACAUGGGUGGGAUAUCUCAUCCAUGGAGGAUGCUCUGCAACCCCUCAAAUCUGGACCACGGAGUGCUCAUCGUCGGAUACGGGGCCAAAGACUACCCACUCUUCCACAAGCAUCUUCCAUAUUGGAUAAUAAAGAACUCCUGGGGAACGUCGUGGGGUGAGCAGGGAUAUUACAGGGUGUAUAGAGGUGAUGGGACCUGUGGCGUCAACCAGAUGGCGAGCAGUGCUGUCGUAUGACCUGUGACUAAAGUUUGCUAAAAUUGAUCAACGCUCUCAUUUUGUAUGUAAACAUUGAUUGUCAUUCUUAUUGGCUUCAAGAAAUAUACCAGAGUGAAUAAUGUAUUCUUAAUGUUAAUAUGGUCCAUUGUUGCAGUUAUUGAUUUUGUCAUUCUUAAAACAUAUUUGAAUUUCCGAUAUUAAAUAUGGUUUUAGUAAAAUGUGAAAUGAAUUUGAAAAAAAAAACGUAUUUUAAGAGCAAAUUUUAUAAUUAUUCUGUUUAUUUUUUAUUUUAUUUCACAAUGUUAAUUAAAAUUGGUAAAUUUAGUCUCAAUAGACUAUUAAUUGCUGGAAUCAUUUAUUCUAUUGACAUAGAAACUCGUGACUAAAAAAUACAUGCAAUAAUGACUCUUAACGCUCUUAAUUUAGAAGUGUGAAUCUCAAAUCAAAACUUCAGUUCAUUGUAUUUUAUAUUAGACGCAAUAAGGUAAUUUAUUGAGUUAGAAUCAAUAAUCGUUUUUAUGCAUAUUUUAUUUAGAAGAAUUUUCUUAUGACAUACAUUUUGUAUCAUAUUUUUAGAGUGAUAACGUUUAUUUAUCAUGCCAUUUGGCACUUUAUUCAUAAGGCAUUGAGCAUUAAAAUCAUUUAACAGUUGGACAUUCAGUUAUAACGUGCCAUAAGUGCCUUUGCUAGAUAUGACUAUAUAUUUAUCCAACCAUUGACCAAAUUAUGUAUUUUUUUAUGAAUAUCAUAUUUUUUUCACUGUAGUUACAAUUAGUAAUUGACUUUGUUAUAUAAAAGGUAACUCAUAUGGUUUAUGAAGUUUUUUUAUUUCAUAUUUAUUAUGUAAUACAGUAUAUAUCACUUUGAUCCCCACAAUAUCUUAGUCUAUGAUGUACAGGAAAAUCUUAUAAAGCCAUUUCAACUUAAUAUCAUAUAUUAAGUUGAAAUAGCUUAAUAAGAAGAUUUUCAAAAAUAAACAUUUAUAAUAAGUUUCUAAGUCAACUGCAAUGAAAAAUAAGUCUUAUUUUCCAAGAUAAUACAAUUGUUAUUUCUUAAAAAAACUAGAGGUUAUGUGUACUUAUAAUUUUUUUUUUCUGUUUUUUGUUAUAUUGUUUUUUUAAUUUUUGCUAACGAAAUCAAAACGAUAGAAAUUAUGUUCGAGUCAUCGCUUUAGUAGUAAGAAUACUAUUUGGAGGGAUUUUUCAAUUCUUACUUUUACAAUAAAAUCAUUAUUUCUUAUUAUA